AGUAGUGACUACACAUUCUUGAAAUGUUGCUGUAAGAAACAGAAUAACCAACCAGACAAGGAUGCUGGAUGCAGGACAAACCUAUGUACAAUUAUUACAUACAUUCUAAGUACCCUGUCCUAUAAACUCCUAUCCAAUUCCUACCAUUGUACAAAUUCCUCUGCUACAAUAUAUACAUACAUAUAUAUAUAUUCUCAUCUCUGUUUGGGCAAACAUGUGAUCAAAAUGAAAGAAACACAAUGAUGAGUAUGGCCUUUGAUGAGGUGGUUGGGGGUCCAUGGAGCAGUAGGCAACCUUUGUAGAGGUACAAAGCAGAAAGUAGGAUGAAAAGUGGUUGAAGUGGUCACAGGAUCUAAUGGCGGGCCUUUCUUUUCAAAUAAUUAAAUACAUACAUACAAUUUCCCAGAAAAAUCAGAAGAUGAAGUGGGGGAGAAACAAAGCCUCUUCGUCGUCUCCCGGUUCUAUAAUCGCCCGUGUCUUGCCCCUUUCUUGGUUCUUCAAGUUCAAGAAGAAGCGGGGCGACUCGGGGAGUAGUAAACAGAGCGGCCGCGGGUUGUAUUACAGGACUCCUAGCAAUUCGUCGCCUGGUGGUUGGAAGGAAGGAAGGUUCUACAACAUGAGCGAAGACGAUAUGUAUUGGAGGAUAUCGUUCAGGCAGGAGAGAAUCCUCGGCAGGAUGAGUACCGGCGGAAUGAGCAUGAACCCUCUUUGGUAUGAUCCUGAUCUCGAGCUUGAAGUACCCGUUUCAGGUCUUACGGCGACGAGGGGAGGACACUCAAACUUCGAUGACAUGGUUUCGGACAUAAAGAGGAUGAAAAAAUGCGACAAGGACAAAGCGUUGACAAACAAUGGCAAACUGCCGAAGAUUCCAUCGCAGGAUCGCGAAAUGCAGAAGCUAAGCAGCAGCCGAGUUUCAAGGGAGAAAAGGCGAGAACAGCGCCGCGACGAAAUCGAUGAUUUUUCUAUGGAACCCGAGAGGUCAGCAGCGGUGUCUAGUUCAAGAAAAAAGCAGCCGAGUCUUUGUCCGAAUCCGGAGAGAGAAUAUUACACGCGCCGAAAGCUGCUAAAGGACAUAAAGCUCAAAGCUGAUCAGCCUCAGAAGACAACAGAGUCUUGCUCUAGAAAAUCAAAGCAACACAACAUUAACAAGAUCAAAGCCUAUUCCCCAAGAACAGAAUGCAAGAUUAGAGCACUUGAAGAUCUGAAAAAAUCAAGAAUGAGAUGGAAGAAGAAAGGACAGGGGCAGGGGAUCGGGCGCGAAACGAUCUUUGAUAGCUUUGCUGUGAUGAAGAGCUCGUCGAACCCACAACAAGACUUCAGGGAUUCGAUGCUUGAGAUGAUAGGGGCGAAAGGGAUUACUCGAGCCGAGGAUCUGGAGGAGCUCUUGGCUUGUUAUCUCACAUUGAACUGCGACGCGUACCAUGAUAUCAUCGUCAAGGUAUUCCGGCAGGUAUGGUCUGAAAUCGAUGUCGAUCUGCAGUUGACAAAUAGAGAGUAUUUUGCUUAUUAGAGAGUUUGUUAACUGUUUGGUCUCAAUGGUCAUUUUUGGAUGGUGAUUUUUCCUCUACCUCAUUUGGAUAUUUUUCUCGAACAAGACAAUAAAACAUAAAUAAUGACCAAAG